AUGUUUGUCUUUUUUUGGUUGGUAUAUCUUUUCAAAAUAACUUGGUGCGUAAAAAAACAAUGCUUUGAAUACACUGAACUGGAAACUGACAAUAUCAAGGAAGAUUUUAAGAAAUGUGAUAGAGGUAAACAUCCGCUUGGUAAUCCAGAUAUGUUUCUUCCCACGUUUGUGUUGAAAAGUAACAUGCCCACUGUAAGUGCAGAAGGUGAAAUGCUUGCGAUUGAUUUUGGUGGCACAUCGCUGAAGUUGGGUCUAUAUAAGAUCGAGAAAGGCAAAGUGGAGAACAUGAAGAAAGUGGAACAUGUAAUUAUACCACGAGGUGAUGAUGAAGAAUCGAAAAGAAGAAACGGUUGUGUAUAUAACUGGAUUGCUGAGGAAGUCGAAAAAUAUUUAGGCAGUAACAAAAACAAGAUACGAGCCGGUUUGACGUUCUCCUAUCCCAUAGAGCAAAAUUCCCUCAGCUCGGGUCGGAUAUUAAGUCUGCACAAGAACUUCUCGUUUAAACCGUUAGAUGAAAAAGAAAAGGAUCCAGUUGCUUCACUUAACAGAGUGUUCAAACAACGAAACAUGAAAGUUAGUGUUCAAGUUCUGGCAAACGAUACAACAGCUACACUGAUGAGCGAACCUCUGAAAAUGAAUGACUUUCCUAUUGGAGUAGUUUUAGGAACUGGUACUAAUGCUGCGUACUUUAAAUCAAGGGGACAGGAACACUGCAUGGCGACGAACGUUGAAUGGGCAUCCUUCGAUGCCCAUUCUCUCAAGAUAACCAAGUAUGACAAGGAUAUUCAAGAUGAUUUGGAGAAGAAAGGCAAAAGUUGGAAGCGUUUGGACUGUAUGUUAGGUGGUUACAAAUUCCUGGAAAUCUUAAACCGAUCCUCUGGUGACAUAUUGCCCGAAAAAUUUGACUAUACGCUUGAAAACGUGAAAGAAAUAAUUGAACGAGGAGAUGAAGAUGACGAAAAAUACAAGCAUAUAAAACAAGUUAAGACCCGUACAAUGAAAAUAAUAUCCGCUUUAAUUUUUGCUAUUCUUGAAUUAGAGAAAGUGAGUUCCGAAACAACCAUCAGCUUGAUCCUUAACGGUACUAUUUUUGAACAGAAAUUUGAUGUUGAUUUACUUAAGCACGAAAUUCAAAACAUGUGUGCACAUUACGGAAAAGGCAUUUAUAAGUAUGCAAAUUUCACUUUUCCUAUCCCACAGCAAGCAUCAUUGUUGGGCAUAAUUCGAAUUCUUGCUGAAAAUGUCAUGUCAGGAGACAAUCAUUAAACAAGGUCUCG